AGUAACCAUGGUUUCCGACAAAACUGUGUUAUCUGCUGCAAACGUAGAAGUUGUCGGAACAAUUAUUGCGAUGGUUACCAUGGCAAUCACCGUGUUCAUGGUAUUUGUGGUAAAUUUACGUAUUGUCUCAUUCUGUUGGGGGCUAGCAUGGUAAGCACUAUCUCUUUCUGAUAAUGUUUAGCAUGGUAACCGUCAUAACCCUACUUUUUGUCCCAUGCUCUUGUAGCCAUGUACUGCAUAACAAGUGGAUACAAAUUCCCCGUUUCAACGUUCCGUUUGGCUGCAGCGUGAUUUUAGUUCGGAGUUCCGCUACCAGAUGGAGCUGUGUGUAGUCUUGUGAGAUAGUUUCAACUUUGGCGACCAGAUUGCGGCACCUCAUUGUCCUGCUGGUGGUAGCACUCACAACUUUCGUCAUCCGCCAAUUAUCUCAUUUUUAUCUUCAGAUAUUCAAAAGUAUGAUUUUGAGGUAGUGCUCUGUGGCGCAUCACCCAGAGCAGGUGUUAUCUGAUUCCAUCUAGUGGUUCUGGAAUUGGAUCAUGCGGACGGACAGACACUACCAGCCGGUAAUGAGUUUCUCCUCCCUGGCAGAGAACGCACAAAAGACUUGAAAGAAAGGAUGGAUGUUGUAAUGCUUGCCUGGCGUCAGCUUCGUGUAAGAAUGGAAGAUGUCCCGUAUUUAUUGGGUUGGUGCAUAAGUUCGUGCCGUUUUCAAUGAAUCAAAGUUUUGACGUGAUAAAAUUUGCCUGAGGCCGCAAUGUUAUAUACGAUUUGAUAGCUCGCAUCGUCAACCCUGUGGAUCUGUUUUGAAAAUUUUCGAUUGAAUUAAUGAAGAAAAAUUUCAGGCUAAAAACUAUGGAGUGCCCAGCUGACAAAAACGAACGUUUCUGACACCUUCUUUGCUACGAGUUCAGUCGAAGCUCCAAAGCUGCAGAAGCCGCCCGAAACUUUUGUGCCGUCUAAGGAGAAGACUCUUGCCGAAGGAACAGCCCGGGAAUGGUUUGCGCUCUUCAAGGAGGGCAAUUUCGACAUGAGUGACACUCCGAGCUGCGGACGACCCUCCAUUAUCGAUGAGGGCCGUCUGAAUGCUCUGAUCCACGUUGAUAUCCGGCAAACAACUCGAGCACUGGCAGAAGAGAUGGGAUGCGACGAUUCAACAAUCGUUCGAUACCUGCAAUCGAUGGGAAAGGUCGAGAAACUCGGUUCGUGGGUGCUGCACACAACGCCAGACCCCACGUCGCAAAGCUCACCAGAGACGUCUUCGAAGAGUUCGGCUGGGAGGUUCUUCCGCAUCCGCCCUACUCUCGGGACCUUGCCCCAUCUGAUUACCACCUUUUCCGCUCUCUCCUUAUCAAUCUCAAGGGAAUUUCCUUCGACAACGACACGGAGCUUCGAUCGAACGUUGACGUCUGUUGCGUAGAGUGUCAUUGAAACCCGACGAAUGGUCAUUACGGGUGGAUCGGUACAGUGAGUCGGUGUGUUUUCUGUCCAGCUGAGCCGCGGCCGUCGGACUGAUGGCGUUCGCCGUUGUCCGCCCUCUGCGUUGCUGUCGAAAAUAAAGAAGAUGGUGAAUUGCGUUAGUUGCUGGGCGCCAUAGGAUUCCUGCACCCACGAAAGUGGCGACUGUGGUUGGUUAUCACAGCGUGACGAACGUGAUCUUCUGUCCCGGGAAAUUGUAACGAGUAGACUGACAAUGCGCACGCUUGGACACAAUUGCCCAAGCUGUUUGGACUUAUUUUCGUGGUGGUUGUUGAAAUGCACAUGAAUCAGUCACGUGUAAUGGUCGAUGCCUGAAUGUGUGUGCAUUCAGAACUUGGAAUAUUUUGUAAGGUUACUCUCUACUUGUAAAUAUCUCCGAAAUGUACAAGAUGUACAGUGCAUGGUAUCAAGCCAAGUGCCUUAUACCUUGGAGGCAUUCUGGGGCGUCUCCAUCCGGGAAUUGCACCUGUCUCUGUGGCGCCCUUGGAGUGUGCUGGAGGGGCAGAUGGAGCAGGGAACAAUCCUUCAGGGUCACUACCAACACAAGGGAUGUGUGUUACACAAAACUUCACACGGAGAAGAAGUAUUCACACUGUUCCUUCCCCAGCCGGCACUAGAUCUGGGCACGCCUCCUCGACUCUGUUAUCCUCUUGUUAUCUUCCUCAUCAGGAAUGAGGGACACACUAUGCAUCCAGAUGAAACGGUUGCCCUAGUGAAUGUGGUUCACAUUAAAGACUCUGUCUGCACUUUGCCAACAAGUAUCCUGGCACAGUACUUGAAGCAAGCCAAUGGGCAGCUGUCCUGUCUGAAGCAAUUAUAUUUGGCCACCGGAAAUCCCCUUAAUUAUGAAGAUGAGCCAUCAGUGUCACUUGGGAUACGAGAAAACUGCAACACAGGUGAGAGUGGGAGAAUGCCACGAGGUGGAUCUACGACCUUGCUGUGCACAACCACCUCUGAUGAAGAUAGUGGCUCUGUGUGGAAUGCUGCAGGAGAACAGUUGUGUGUCGUUUGCCAAUAUUUCCCCCUGUCACGAGCCCUCCUGCCAUGUCGGCAUACCUGCAUCUGUGCCAGUUGUUUUGGAAAGUUAGACAGAUGUCCCAUGUGCCGCAGCCCCAUCAGGAGUUACUUUUGCAUUAGAGGAGAGGAUUACAUGCCUGCAGAACCUGGGUCGGCAACUUCAAAACCACCGCCCAUCUUCCGGUGGUUCCAAGACUGGAAUGACAGACUUACAGAUUUUCUUGGCUUUCAUCGGUAAAAUUAAGGAAAGAAAUUUUGCUUUUUGAGUGACUGAGGACUGGGAAGUAUUUCCAGUGUCAUAAAUGUAGACUUUUGUGCACACAACAUCCUGUUGUGAUGUGACAACAUAAUUUGUGAUGUGAUGGAGAGGAAGUGCAAGGGUGUUUUAAACAUUCAAAGCUUUUUUUUUUCUAUUUGCAUAGGAAGUAUAUUUGAAAAGAACUUAAUAAAGUGAUGAGUAGACUAUUUAUAAUAAAUCUGAAGUAGAUUUAAGUACUUAUACUCAUAUUUGUGAAACAUUGCAUAGCUGUAAUGAGGAAGCACAUUGUUGUAUUUAAUAUGUAUUUAUUUUUAGAUUUUAAUGUUGAAAAAUGUGAAUCACUAAUUAUAUGGUGAUUUACUGAUAGUAAAUGUUUCCUACAUGAAGAUGAACUGUUUCAAAGUUAUGAAACAACAUAUUUUAAAAACAGAUAUUAGUAAAUUCUAAUUUUAGACAAUAUUAAUUGUAUAUAUUAUUUUCACGUAGUUGAAUAAUAUAAAUUCAAUUGUGUGAACCAUGAACCUUCCAAUGUAAAACUUAUGCAAAAUUUAUAUGAAGUAAGAAAUUUUAUUUACUCUUUCAGUUUAAUACAAAACUUGUUAGCUGUUAUUGCUCUAAUUGGCCUAAAAUACUGAAACCAUCCAUUGUACUAAAGCAGAUCCUUAGAUAAUCUGCCAGUUGUGUUCUGCUGAAACUUUCAUUGUUUUUUUCCCCCAACCUAUAUAUAUAUCCUCCCCAUUAUGCUACAUACAGGUGUAUGCAAUCUAAUGUAAUUCUGGUAGAUUGUAUGUUUGUUCACUCUGCUUGCAUGUAACAAUUUCACAGAUGAAGAAAUAUCUCAGUCAUGAAAGAAAUGAUACAUUCUUAUAGUAUGGGCACAGAUGAAUUAUGAAAUCUAAAUGGAUUCAUACCUCAGAUAAAUGUACCAUUACAAAUUAAUUUAUAAUUUUUUCCAAUCUCAGUUCAUUUAAGUCUCUGUAUAUGUAAUGCAUAUUUAGUAAUCAAUGUCAUGUUGAGGCCUUGAUAGAUCAGAGUAUUUAAAGAAUAUUGUUUUUGGAGUGUUUUAACCUCUGUGCCAAAAGUGACAUCAUACCUUGUGAAAUGUGUUUUUAGUUUUCUGAAUGGGACUUUGUUGUCCUGUUAUACCUUGACAUUAUGAAAUGCUUUAUGUACUUGUAAGGUCAGACAGACACUUGUGUGUCAAAAAUGCUUCUGUGGGCUCCUUAGAUUCAUUUUUAAUUGAACUGAACACUUUAAAGAAUAGGUUUGCUUACUAACAUCCCCAUGGAAAUUCCAAAAAUGUCAAAACAUUUAUAGUUCUCUGCAGAUGAACAUACUCUCUUUUUGUCCCACAAAACAUCAAAGUCAAAUAGAAAUACAAACCAUACUUUUAAAAAAGCAUCAGCUUAUCUCAUCCUGUUUAUUUCAUCAACAUGUUUGUAUUAAAAAUUUUGAGUAAAAUAAUGGUAUCAUAUCAGUACUUUGGUUCUGUGGUCCGGUGUACUGUUGGACAGUCUCCGAAAUGUAAUUUUGUGUGACACUCUGAGGCACAGAUUAACCAUAACUGCACUUUGCAAUUUGGAUGUCUGAAUUUUGUCCUCAUUUAUUUGUUUUUCUCAGAACAUACAUGGCACCAAACUCAUUUUCCUUCUGAAGGCAAAUGUUCAUUGUGUUGUUUGUCAGAUUGGGUCAAGUGGCCAGUGGAUGGAGUUACUUUUCCCUGUGUACAUACCCCAUGUGUCUGCUGUAGACUUGUACUGUGGCUGGCUCUAAAUUCCAUAUUCGGCACAGAAAUUGCCUUCUGCUGGAGGAUGAUGCAUAUUUGUGAACAUGUUCACAUUUUUUUUAGCUGUAAAAAUCUGUGUAUGGAAGAACCGGUCUCACUUCAUUGUGUCCCUCUGAAGUGCCAUAAAAGUGUGUUCUGCUGUGGGCCACUAUCUUUGGUCAUGAUCCAUUUGCGCAAUAAAAUAUAGAACCAAGUA